GGCCAGAGUGGCAAUGUUGAUAAGAAGAAAGGCAACUUGGCAAGUUUGAGAGAAGGGUGUCACUGCUUCUCCCUUCCCCACCACGAUCGUCUCCUCUCUACCCUCUCUCCUCCGCUUCUCUUCUCGCAAUCGGCGAGUCUCAGGCAGUCAGUGGGAUCGUCUUCCUCCCGGAGAAACUCGAGGCCAUUAGGAACCAAUUCAAGGCCACUGACAGGAGAAAUGCAGGUUGCAAUUCAAUCAUUCCGAUUACAUGGAAAUCUUCUUAAAAAUACUAUUCUUCAACACAUGCGUGUCAUGAAGCCAGUCAUGCUACCUACUGUGUUUUCACGAUUCAAGUCAGUCUCUUCACCUCGACUGGAAGAGCAUGGAUUUGAGAGCACCACUAUCCUAGAUAUUCUGAAAGCUAAAGGCAAGAGUGCUGAUGGUUCCUGGCUGUGGUGUACAACUAAUGACACCGUUUAUGAUGCUGUGAAAUCGAUGACACAACACAAUGUUGGAGCUUUGGUUGUGGUGAAACCCGGAGAAGAGAAGGCACUUGCAGGGAUUGUAACUGAGAGAGAUUAUCUCCGAAAAAUUAUUGUGCAGGGAAGAUCUUCCAAAUCAACUAAAGUUGGUGACAUUAUGACUGAUGAGAAUAAAUUGAUCACUGUGACACCAGAUACCAAGGUUCUGCGGGCCAUGCAGCUUAUGACAGACAACCGCAUUAGGCAUAUCCCUGUGGUUGAUGACAAAGGUAUGAUUGGCAUGGUCUCCAUUGGUGAUGUUGUUCGAGCAGUGGUGAAUGAGCAUCGGGAGGAGCUGGACCGCCUUAAUGCAUAUAUACAAGGGGGUUACUAGCAAAGUAGAUCUAGAGUCUAAUAAUGUUCAAUGAUGAUGACGAAAAAAACUAAAGUUUGCUUUUAGCAGAUAGUGUGCUUUUUGUUAAGCAUGUGUGCUUAGGUCAUGCUUCUCUUGUCCUAUGUUGGCUAAUAAGUGAGUUUCUCAGUAGGCUCAUUGGUGAAUGAGCAUCACGUGGAGCUGAACUGCCUUAAUGCAUGUAUGUAUACAAGGGGGUCACUGGAAAAGUAGUUCUAGAAGAGUCUAAUAAUGCUAGAUAAAGAUGGCAAAAAACUGAAAGUUUGCUUUGAUCUGACCAUGUGCUACUCAUUAAACUUGCAUGCUUAUGUCAUGCUUUUCUUGUUCUAUGUUGGCUAAUCAGUGGGUUUAUGCAAGCUCAUCAGACUUUUUUUUGUGUUCA